UCAUUUUUUGGACUUUGGUUUAAGACAGUUAUUUUGUCCUCAGCGCUGUGAAAUGUGUGAUGUCUUCAGAGGCGGUAGCCAGCAUCCGUUAGAGACUCACUCUGACAAAAAAGAUUUCCCUCUUGAGUUCUGAGAGGCUGGAUCUGUCUGGACAGAAUGACAGAAUCUAAGAGAGAAGGACCAGAACCUGAGCACCGCACUUCAGAGACCGAGCAGAGGAGCUGCGAGCUGAGCGAGCCCAAAGAGCCGAGAGGUUAUGUGAAGCGUGUAUAAAGGCCACUGCUGGAGAACUGCACAUUCCUGUUGUGUGCGUGAGAUGUUUACGGAUUUUUAAAACAGAGACAUGUUAGUUCUGUUUAAACGAAUGACCACUGAAUUCUUCAGGAAUGGAAUUACCACAAGGCUGAGCUGCAAAUCAAUGGCUAUGAAAACUACUGCCUGUACACAGACGUACGGCACACACAGUGAUUAAAUACUUUGUGAACUUAGUGAUUUUCCACGUCAACAAGUUACAGAAAAGCUGCCCCUGAGAUUUAUUCUACACAACCGCAUCCAGAGAUCGCCAGUAACAACCAUGAAUGGCCCAGCGGAGAUGUCGGUGAAGUGCGUCCUGGUCGGGGACAGUGGGGUUGGCAAAACAGCCCUCCUGGUCCGCUUCACCUCAGAGACCUUCCCGGACACCUACAAGCCCACUGUUUUUGAUAACACAGGGGUGGAGGUGUACAUGGACGGGGUUCAGAUCAGCCUGGGGUUGUGGGACACGGGGGGUAAUGACAACUUCAGACAAAUCCGCCCGAGAUCGUACCAGCAGGCCGAUGUUGUACUCAUCUGCUACUCUGUGGCCAACCCCAACUCUCUGGCCAACAUCCAGCACAAGUGGAUCGCCGAAGUUCGAGAGAACUUGCCCAGGGUGCCCGUGCUGAUCGUGGCAACACAGACGGACCUGCGGGAGACGGGGGCACAUCGGGGCAGCUGUAUCUCAGCAGCGGAGGGGAGACGCAUGGCUCAUUCAGUCCACGCCAAAGGCUACCUGGAGUGCUCCUCUUUGAGCAACCGAGGCGUGCAGCAGGUCUUUGAGUACGCUGUGCGGACGGCUGUUAACCAGGUCAGGAAACAGACCAGGAGACGCAUGUUCGAUGUAAACCAGUGCAAAGUCUUUUGACCUUUGACCUCUGACAUGGUGGAUUGUCUUGAACUGUCAUGACAUGACGUAAUGUGUGUUAGUGACCUGGUGCAGAUAUAAGAACACAAAGUUGGAUUUGUUUUAUACACGUCAGGUAAUUUCUCACUAACAGGGUCACGGAUUUAAACCCACACCUAAUCAACCAUCAUGCAAAUGUACAGAUGGAAAUGGUACUUUUGUUGAUCAAGGGAGCGACAUAAAGAAAUUGGUCGAUUCUCCUGAUCUGUAUUCAAGCAAACAACAAUACACUUCAUGGGGAUAUUUCAAAAGGGGAACCAGAGGACUUUUUGUCAAGACUUUUACAAAAAUGUAAGCAUUUUAAGCUUUGAUGGUGAUGUCGAUAGCAUGUAGUUUUUGUUAUUGUUUUACCAAUAG